AUGAAAGACUGUAAAUAACAUGUUUCAGCUACAUUAUAUGACCCAAGCACACACUAGAACACGAUCUGAAGUUAUUACAGACACUCGGUGAAAGCACAGUAUAAAUGUGUUGUAGCAUGCAUUGUCUGUGACGCACACAGGUGAUCUAGAGGAGUGACAUCUCUGCUUCUGUGUCUUCAUCUAGGUUGAUUCCUGAGAAGAAGCAGAAAGAUGAACGUGUUUGAUCGCUCCAUAAACUUCAAAGCUCUCUUUAAGUUCUCUCAGAUCAGGUGUAGGGCAGUCUGGCUGUGUGUAUGCUGGUGGCUGCCGCCGGCUCCUGGCUCUUCCUCAUCACCAGACUGUUCCAGGUGACCUCGCUCUCUCUGGGGUUCUUCAGAUGGACGCUGCUGGACGUGUCUCUGAUGUGUGUCUUGGUGGUCUUGUCCUCCAGGGUGGGCUGAGCAUGCUGGGGUCACUGGCUCUGAUGGGCUGGCUGGCCAUGACCCCCCACAGCCCUCACACAGAGAGGAAGAGGUUGGCCAUCCUCGCUGGCUUUGCUUUCUUCACAGGUCUCGGACUCGGCCCACUUAUGGACUACAUCAUCAGCGUCAACCCGAGCAUCAUCCUGACAGCGUUCCUGGGCACCUCUGUCAUCUUCUCCUGCUUCACGCUGAGCGCCCUCUGUGCCCAGCGCAGGAGUUAUCUGGGAGGUGAGCGUCGGUCCGGCCCAGGUGUGUGUGUGUGUGUGUGUGUGUGUGUGUGUGUGUGGUUCUCCUGCUGGUCUCGCUGCUCAACAUGUUCUGGGCCUCGGCCGUGCUCUUCAAGGUGUGUGACGUGACCGUGUGAGAGCAGCAGAUGGAGAUGUGUGACCGUGUUUGUGAUGGCUCUGCUCCUGGUUUCAGGCUCAUGUGUAUCAUGUGUGGCUUUGUGCUGUUUGACACCCAGCUGAUCAUCGAGAAGGCAGAAACGGGAGACAAAGACGACAUCUGGUACUGAUUCUCCUCUGAUGGACCGAUGAUGAGUGAAUCAGCACAUUUAGUUCUGAUGUUAGUUAGUUUGAACCUGCAGAAGCUAAACGCAUGGGUGUGUUUUACAUGAAGGCAUUGUGUUGACCUCUUCCUGGACUUCGUGACCAUCUUCAGAAAGCUGCUUAUCAUUCUCUAUGAACGAGAAGGUAUCUGACACAGUUACACAAUCAUUAUUUCUGUUUUGCUCCGUAUUUAACUUACUGUUUUUGAUUAUUUUAGGAGAAGAAGGAGAAGAAGUGAUCUUCAUCAUCUCCUCAGCUGCUUCAUUAUGAACAUGAUUACAUCAUUUGAUUGUUUUAUUGAAAAGGUGUCUUAAUUGUAUUUUGGGGUUGUUCCUGGGCUUGUGAUGUGUUGUCAGGCUAAUGAUCUAAUGAGAUCUUAUUUAGUUUCUUUACUGUGAGGCAGAACGUGGAGCUCUGUAGGAAAGGAGUCUGAUUAUGAGAAUACAAUCUGCUUUAAUAUUGUUCAUUCAGCAGAAGUGGAGUGUGAUGGAGUGGUACUGCUAGAUGCUAGCGGACUUUAUUACCCCAUACUCUGAACAAGAUCACAUCAUGGAUCUAACUACAUCCUAAUCAUAACAUGGGCUCAAUAAACUGCUUUUGUGUGGGUCUAGCAUUACUUCAUUUAUACACAUUAAUGUCACAUUCUAGCUGCUAGUGCCAAUUAUAUUUUAAUUUCGUGAAGUCUAACAUUAAUGCAUUUAUCAGUGAGAUCACAGACGGGAUUAUUUUAUCCAUGCACUUUGUGAAUAAUCUCAAAUCAAUAAAUGGUGCACAGAUCACA